AUGUGCACCAGGUGCGCCGUGCGGCGGUGCGAGUUUGCUGGCUGUGCGGCGCACGCGUCCCCGCCGGUGCAGUGCCUCCGCGGCCACCCGGCGUCGCUGGGAGGAGAGGAGCUGGCGCUGCCGCUUCCGAACCCGCCCUUCACGCCAAAGGCGGCGCUGGGCUGCAGCGCUGGAGCGGCUGCGGAGUCAGCCGAUGCGACUGGAGCUGCGGGGCAGGUGUACUGCCGCUUCCUGUACCGGCUCCUCGAGGUGCCGCUUCCCAAGCACGGCGAGGUUUCUCUGCCGAAGGGCGGCUGCGUGUACGACUUUGUGUGCGCGCCGGCGGCGCUCCUCGACACGCUGGCGCACGAGCCGCUUCUCGUGGAGCUGUGGCACACGGACAAGCACACGGACAAGUACGCAGCCGACAGCCUCCUCGGCAUCGCCACAGUCGACCUGGCGGAGCUCAUCGGCGAGUGGGAGGCGAAGGAGGCGGAGCGCGAGAGAGCAAGCGCCAGGCAGCGGCGCGGCCUAGCGGCGGCGGAGGCGGAGCUGCGCGGCAAGGUGGCAGAGCUGGAGCGGGAGCAGCGGCGGAUGAGGGGUGUCGAGGCGGCGCUGACUGCCAAGGUCGCGGCCGCGGAGCAAAAGGCGGCGCACGAGGCGGCGCUGCGGCAAGCGACGCACCAGGGCGAGCUGGCGGCGGCUCAGGCGGCGCUCGGCCAGGCGAGCGGCAAGGUUGCGAUGCUGGAGGAGCGGUUGGCGGCGGCCGAGGCGCGGGAGGUGACGCUGCACGAGGCCCGCGCGAAGCUCGACGGCGCCGUCUCUGCCGCCGAGCAGCGCAAGCAGCAGGCGCUCGCGGCGCACCGCGACCUGCAGAGGCUCGAGGCGGAGGUGCGCGAGUCGGAGUCGAAGUAG